AUGGAGCCGCGCCUGUUGGGAAAGAGGGUAAGAAUGCAGCAGCUGAGGCGCCUCAACUUCUUUGACCGCAGCAUUGUCGAAAGGACCCGUCCUCUCCCUUUAAUAACCAAUGGAUCGGGCACCUUCAGAAGCGUCGGAGGCACUUCAGCGGCGGAUAUGCCGUGCCCAGGCCAAACACAGCAGCACGCAGGUGCAACAGGGCCUCCCCGCAUGUCUCCGCUGCCGUGCUCGGUCAUUGUCUGUACGGUGGGGACUGAUUCGGGCCUGUGGAUGGGAGAUGAUGCAGGCAUCUUGCACACGUUAGACCGUGACUUUCAGCUGAAGUCUCUGAAGUGCUUUGACAUUUGUUUUGUCGCAAUGCAUGCUGCCAUCUCGGCGAGCUGCAUUGUUUGUAUUGGGCGAGACGUCCCUGCCGAAAAACCAGGCAAAGCGGGCGCUGCAGUUGAUGGAUCGGGACAAAGCGACGACCUGCGUGUGCGUCAAGGGGUUCUGAAGUAUAAAUGCUACAGCACCACUCAAGUAGACGCCAAUGGGAAUCCCGUGCUUCUCCGGGAGGCAGGCCUUUUCUCUAAGAUUCCAGAACAAGCUUUCGUUUGCUCGGACAUCAAUCAGAACUUCACUAUGCUUGCCGUUGGCACCGAAACUGCUGGCAUUUGCCUUUUCCGCGGCAACUUAUUGAAGGAGAAGACCUGCCGCUUGCGACUGAUGAGGGAAAGCGAUGAUCGCAUUGUUAGCGUGCGCUUCCUGACCUCAAUCUCAGACUCCAAGUUCCACUACAUGCUUGUGUGCUACGCCAGCUCAAUAACUUGCUACGUCGUGCCGCUCAAGGGAGAGCCCAAGGUUUCUCACACAGACAACGUGCCCGAUGGGUCUACUCUUGUUGUGAGCGCGUUGCCAUCGCUUGGCACGUUUGUUGUACACCAUGAUCAAGGGAUAUUCUGUGUCGAUCCUGAUCAGGGCAAGCGCUUCACAUGCAACCCUUCGUGGCACCGUGCAUUGAAUAGUAACCUGUGGGCCCUGCCAGCGGAAGGCCACUGCCACAUCUUGACCACUUACAAGUCCUAUAUUGUCUCCGUCACGACCGAGGAAGCCCCUGCCGAGACUGAAUUUCCCAGUGCAGAAGUGACUGGCAGUUUGCUUCAAGCAUCUGCAUCGCUUCCAUCCAAGAGUACGCAGCACCAGACACUGACUAUCCACCUUUGCUAUCCGGAUCUCCGACUUAUCGCAUAUUCAUCACCCAUGCGAGGAGUCCUUCAUGUCGUCUCGGCAAUGGAUACACUCUUCGUAAUUGCUAAAGGAGGUUCAACGGAUAGUAACGUAUUGUUUGAUGUGAAAGAAAAAAGCUUCAAUGAGCGCCUCAGCAUCUUGCUGCGGAAGCGGCUCUUUAACUGGGCUGCUGAAGUUGCCCUCCAGGAUCACCAGCCGCAGCAAGUGUUCCAGGAAGUGUACCGGCUUCAUGGGGAUUGGCUUUAUUCUAAGAAUAUGCCUGAAAGAGCAGUAGAAAUGUACAUCAAGACAAUUGGGUUUCUAGAACCGUCUGCCGUCAUCCAAAAGUUUCUUGACGCUCAAGAAUUGAGGCACCUUGCCCUGUACCUCCUCCACCUCCAUCUGGCAGGGUGUGCUAUGCAGCAACACACUUUGCUCUUUUUCAAGUGCACUGCCAGGCUGAAGGAUGAUUCCCUUCUUGCCAACUUUUUGGAAGACCCGCGUAUCAGCAAGACCUGCUCUUUUGCGGCUGCACUCAAUGAAUGCCGACUAAAUGGAGACACGGAACUUGCGUGCACAAUAGCCAGCCGCCAUGGAUAUCAUGAUGAAUAUCUAUCGUUGCUUUUGGAAACCCAGAAUUUCUCAAAAGCAGUGGAGGUUUUGAAGCAGGUCGAUGCGCCGACUGCGUGUUCGCUCUUGCUAAAACACGGCAGCACCCUCCUUCGACACAGCGCCAUUGAUGUUCUUCUUCUCCUCAGCCAGUUUAUCACGGACUACCACACAAGAGGCUGGCAGGAGGCGCUAGUGGCGCGCGAUGAGGAAGAGCUCAGCAAAUGGCACGCAGCUUACCGCCCACUUCUGGAUGACAGCAGUGUUUCCAAUGGUCUCACAGACGAAAAUCGGUGUCUCCUCGGCAUGGAUGUUUGCGGCAAAGCUGUCGAACUUUCUUCUUUGUACGCUGAAAUACUACGGAAAACUCUCAAGAGCCGAUCAAUGACUCAUGAAGAGCAAUUUCGGUCGGCUAUCUUGUGCACCAUCUUCGGUUUUGAGGAGGGAAUGAUUCUCGAGUGCGAGAAACGACAUGAGCUGCAGCUUCCCGUAGCCUAUUUUGAAGCCAACAAUGACAUAUCAACCCUUCUUAGGUUCUGUAUGAAGAAUGGAUCGAAGGCACCUACACUCUGGACGCAGACCUUGAGCAUUCUCGCUUCAUUUUCCGCCUGUCACUUCUAUAUUGCUCAGCGGCAUCGUCUACUGCCGCCGCUGACGGUUUUGGAGGUCUUGCAGCAGAGCCCGGCGGUUACGCUGGACGCUGUGAAGGACUAUUUCCUCCGGGCAAGCGACGAACUCAGCGAGCACCUGGAACAGUCUCAGGCGCUGCUGCAAAGCGACAGGGCUGAAGUUUCGUAUAUGGCCAAGGAAAUCGACCGGUACAAGUGCAAAGGUGCAGCUGUUAAUUGCUUGUCAGACAGGCAAGUUCAGCAGGUUAACUACAGGGAGGCAGAAGCAUGCAAUACAGAUGACUUCUUCAAGUUCCUUCGGGGAUCAACAGAUGGCUUUGAUUUUAUCUUGAGUUGCUUUGGUCGAGGGUUGUUCCCAUUGCGGCUGAGGAGGAUUGGACUUGUAACAAACGACGUGACGGGCCUGGAUCCACUUAUUCGGAGUUACUCUUGCACGGGAGCAAUUUGA